AUGGGCCAGGAGUCUGAUUGCAAAGUCGAGCUGGUCUUUCAGUACGCUGGGUCGAAGGGGCGUGGGUCGUGGCUGCGCCGCGGUGUCGUGCACGCUGUGACGCGGGGUUGGUCUCUGUCUUGGAUGCCACUGGCGGCUGCUACGUCCCCGUUCCUCUUGAGGGACGGGGAGGUGGUCACGUGCGUGGGGGGUCCUAUUGAGGACCUUGCGCACUCCGCGGGAGUGCUGACGAUACCCGCGCCCAUCCUGUCGCGCGCCUUCCAGGAGAUCGCCAACGGCAUGUGCCAGUUCCACGAGGCAAUCAAGAUUGCCACGAUCCCAUUUCCGUUCCCGUACGCGCAGACCUGCGAUUGUCUUCUGAUCAUGCACUGGCUCGUGACGCCCCUCGUGGUCUCCCAGUGGGUCUCGGCUCCCUCCUGGGGCGCGCUGUUCAGCUUCAUCCAGGUGUUCAUCUAUUGGUGCCUCAACCUGAUAGCAGUGGAGAUCGAGCAGCCCUUUGGAUGCCAACGACAUUGA